AUGCACGCUCUGCUGCGUUCGGCCAGCAAGGUCCUCUCAUCAACAACAAAAACAUCUAGCCAUGCUCCAUCAUCCACAUUGCUUUUCAGUUUUAAUUCAUGUAGUAACAACAACUUGAAGAAAAUCAUGUUUCCUUCAAAUAUUCAACAAAUUUCGUUUUAUCAUCAAAAUGUAUUUAGUUUGAAUGCCAGUAAACAAGAGGUGAAAAUUGGUGGUGAGGAAUUGAAUGAAAAGAUUAGCGAAAAUAUUGAAAUUAAUACAAAUCAAGAGGAACAACAGCAAGAACCAGUGGUAGAGGAAGAAGCUACAACAAGCACCGGAGCAAUUCGUCUCAGCAAUAUUGUUGGUGGUGAAACACCUGCUAAAUAUCAAGUCUAUGUACCUCCCGCACAUACCAAUUUACCAAUGAAUGAAGUGAGAGAAUUACAUUUUGCUGUUGUUCAAAUUGGAGGACAUCAAUACAAGGUCACCAAUGGAGAUAGAAUUACUGUUAAUAGAAUUCCUAUUGAAGUUGGAACACAAAUUAAGUUGAACAAGAUCUUACUUGUAGGAGGAAAGGAUUUCAGCGCUGUGGGUAGACCAAUCGUAUCCAAUGCCACAGUUUUGGCCACAAUUGAGCAACACACAAGAUCCGCUUACACCAUCGCCUUCAAGAAAAGAAGAAGGAAAAAUUCUAAAAGAUUUAAGGGAUUCCAACAACAAAUUACAACUCUCCGUAUUGACAAUGUCCAAUUUGAGGGACAAGCAAAUGAAAGUGAAUUGAAGGUUGUUUGCCACGAGUAA